AUGUUUGUUCCUUUACGCGCUUUCCAUGUUUCUACAAGAUUUACACACUGUCUUGCAAUAGUCAACAACCCGUACACACCAAGAUAUGCUGAUUUAUUAAGCAGAGUUCAUAACUUUGCUAUUAUUGAAUCAACUCUUAGAGAGGGCGAGCAAUUUGCGAAUGCAUUUUUUGAUACAAAGAAAAAAAUAGAAAUUGCUAAAGCGUUAGAUACAUUUGGAGUAGAAUAUAUUGAAUUGACAUCACCGGCUGCAUCUGAACAAUCAAGGCAAGAUUGCCAAGCAAUUUGUAAGUUAGGAUUGAAAGCAAAAAUAUUGACUCAUAUACGGUGUCAUAUGGAUGAUGCUAAAAUUGCUGUUGAAACAGGUGUUGAUGGAGUUGAUGUAGUGAUUGGUACUUCGUCAUAUUUAAGGGAAUUUAGUCACGGCAAAGAUAUGGAUUAUAUUACAGAGAAGGCAACUGAAGUGAUACAAUUUGUUAAAUCCAAAGGAAUUGAAGUUCGAUUUUCAUCAGAAGAUUCAUUUCGUAGCGAUCUAGUGGAUUUAUUGAGUAUUUAUCGAGCAGUGGAUAAAUUGGGUGUUAACAGAGUUGGCAUAGCUGAUACAGUCGGAUGUGCAAAUCCAAGACAAGUUUAUGAAUUAGUCAGAACCCUUAGAGGUGUUGUUUCUUGUGAUAUUGAAUGCCACUUUCAUAACGAUACUGGAUGUGCUAUUGCUAAUGCUUAUGCUGCACUUGAAGCAGGAGCGACACAUAUUGAUACAUCAAUUUUAGGUAUUGGAGAACGUAAUGGUAUCACACCACUUGGAGGUUUGAUUGCAAGAAUGUAUACAGCAAAUAGAGAUUAUAUUAAAUCCAAAUAUAAAUUACACAUGUUAAGAGAUUUAGAAAAUUUGGUAGCAGAUUCAGUCGGUGUGGAGGUUCCAUUUAACAAUUACAUUACUGGUUAUUGUGCUUUUACUCAUAAAGCUGGUAUACAUGCUAAAGCUAUAUUAAAUAAUCCAAGUACAUAUGAGAUUUUGAAACCUGAAGAUUUUGGUAUGACUAGAUAUGUAUCAAUUGGACAUCGGUUAACCGGUUGGAAUGCAGUUAAGAAUCGUGUUGAACAAUUGGAUUUAACCUUAACAGAUGAACAAGUUAAAAAGGUUACAACUAAAAUUAAGGAAUUGGCCGAUAUUAGACCUCAAAGUAUGGAAGAUGUAGAUAAUUUAUUAAGGAAUUAUCAUCAUAUCGUAACUUCUGGUGAUCAAUCUAAAGUAGAUAUUUUCUUAUCAGCUACUCAGUUGUCAAUUAAUUGA